ACCAAAAGGUUUCUGAUUUUCUGGCAAAAAAAUAUUCGCUAUAGACAAAAUCUUGCCUCAGCGACCUACUAAGGCAAGGAAACCUAGAAAAGAGCAACAAAGCCCAAGAUCUCCGGCGAAUACAAAUACAGCGUGCAGUCCAGAGAACCCAACGCCUUCGCCGCCCGAUAUGGCGUCCACUUCUCUGGCCGACCUCAUCGCGGCCCUGCCCGAAGGCGACGGAUGGGGUCCCCCCCCAGUAACCGAUACGACUCUAAACGGCGUCCCGUACGCGCCCUUCUCGAAAGGCGACAAGCUGGGCCGUAUGGCAGAUUGGACCGCCGACGGGAAAGAUGGCAGAGACGGCCGCGGUGGUCGCCAGCAGUACAACCGCAACUAUAGAGAUCAGCAGAUUUACGGCGCCGGUAGCGCUCAGCUCUUUGCCGCCCCUGUUGCCGAAGACGAGAAUACGUUCUCCGUCGUCAGCCGAGAGACCACCAAGACACGAUAUGGCCGAGGGGCCGUCUUCACUCGUGGUCGCGGACAGCGGGGCUCCCGUGGCGACGCGAGAGGCGGCCGGUCCCAACCCCAGCGCUCUGGCCGUGGUGGCCAGUCGGGUUACGGGUAUGACAACCGCGGCGGGCGUUCGAACGCGCCUCGUGGCCGCCGCUUUGGGUGGAAGGACUACGAUAAGCCGGCCAGAAACCGCGAUGCGUCGAUCAACAUCAAAUCCGACUGGCAACUAUUGGAAGAAAUCGAUUUCAACAGGCUGUCCAAGUUGAACCUCGAUGCCGACGACGGUGAGGAUAUCGACAGUUACGGCUUCCUCUACUACUACGAUCGAUCCUUCGACAAGCAGCCUGUCAAGGCAGCCGAGCGGAAGCUGGUCCCCCUCGACCGUGCCGCCUACAAUGUCACGACCUCGUCAGACCCCGUUAUCCAGGAACUGGCGGAUAAGGAUGAGGCUACCAUCUUCGCCACCGACAACAUUCUCUCGAUGCUCAUGUGCUCCACCCGCUCCGUCUACCCAUGGGAUCUCGUGAUCGUCCGACAAGGCAACAAGAUCUUCCUCGACAAGCGCGAUAAUGCUGCGCUUGACAUGGUGACGGUGAACGAGAACGCCGCGGACGCGCCCAUGGAGGCGUCGGACGGCAACAAGGAUAGCAUCAACCAACCCGGCGCCCUCGCGGAAGAGGCCACUUACAUCAACCACAAUUUCGCAAACCAGGUCGUCCUAGAAUCCGAGGCCCAUAAGGUCGACAUGAAUCACGAGAACCCGUUCUACAACGCCUCAGAGGAGACGGAGCCGCCGGCUAGCAAGGCUUACAAGUACCGCCGAUUCGAUCUGUCAACGAGCGAAGAGGAUCCGAUGUAUCUCAUCGUGCGAACCGAACUAGACGCUGUGCAGAAGAACGCUAUCAACGGAGAGGACCAGUUCGUGACCGUUAAGGCGCUUAACGAGUUUGACAGCAAGGCACAAGGUAGCGGCGGUGCCUUGGACUGGAGAGCUAAGCUAGUCAGCCAGCGCGGUGCGGUCGUGGCGACGGAGAUGAAGAACAACAGCGUUAAGCUCGCCCGGUGGACGGUGCAGAGCAUCUUGUCCAAGGCCGACGUGAUGAAGCUUGGUUUUGUUUCUCGAGCUAGCCCCAAGUCAAACGAUAAGCACGUGAUCUUGGGCGUGAUCGGCUGGAAGCCUAAGGAUUUCGCCAACCAGAUGAACUUGUCGCUAUCUAACGGCUGGGGUAUCGUGCGCACGAUCGCGGAUAUGUGUCUGAAGCGCGAGGACGGUAAGUUCGUGCUGGUCAAGGACCCUAACAAGUCGAUUCUCCGCCUAUACGAGGUGCCCGCCGGCAGCUUCGACGAAGAGGGAGAGGACGAAGCGGCUGGCGGGACGGAGGCCGUAGAGGAGUAAAGCCUCAAAUCCGAUGCUUUGUUUGCCAGGGCCGGGAUACCUUAUCAAAAAGAGGUGGGGGACUGGGAAGAGGUGGGACGGGGGUUUUGGACCGGGAUGUAGGGAAUUCUUGCGGGCAGGACACCUAGAGGUAGAAGGCUACACCUACCUAUCUACUCAAAAUAUAGGUAUUCUUAACUACCCAUGGCAGAUCCACGGGGUAUGAUGCCUCGCAUAGAAGCAAGGAAUAAGUAGGGAUUAUCUGCGCUGAAUGUUAUAGUGAUGGGGAAACAGGGAAUCCAGGGAAUAGCAAGGAGGAAGCGAUAAGGCGAUAAGGAUGGAGUAUGGAGGGGUGGCAACCCCCUGCUCUCGCUAAUACACACUUACCUAGACCUACCAUAUACCGUAUCCCGAAUACACCACAUUCAUUACGGUGUGUAAUUACACGUCAAGAUAUACUUAGGUGGG